UUAUAUUGUCACAGUCCUUUGAAUUAAAUGAGAGUUGGGGUACGUUUGAUUCUUUCUGUUUUCAUGUCACUAACUAAAAUUUUCUUGAUUCCUAUCAUUUUGGUCAGCAUCAUCAUUAAUAUAAAUUGCAUUAGUGCAAGCCAGAUACUAACAAAUCCACAACCUUUAGUUUCAUGUCCCUCCUCUUCUCUCUAUUAUUAUUUAUUUUUCUCCUUAGCAACUAUUUGUUGAGUUGAAAUAAGUGUCAAUCUUGUUAUGUUAUUUACCAAACGGAUAUUCUAAACUAACUAGUGCUUCUUUUUGUUUUUAGACAAUAUCUAUUGCUAUUUGCUACUACUAGUAGUGGUGUCUAAACCUUUCAACUGUUGUAGAAUUCUCUCAUGGUUUUGCAUAUUGCUUGAUAACAAAAAGAGGGCAAAAAAAUAUGAAGUUUAUGAAACUUGGAUCUAGGCCUGACACUUUCAUUACUACUGAGGCUGUAAGGUCUGUUAAUUCUGAAGUUAUUAGUGAUCUUAUAGUUCAAGUAAAGGGUAGUAGAUAUUUGCUUCACAAGUUUCCCCUGCUGUCAAAGUGUUCAAGGCUACAGAGGCUAUGUUCUGAAAUUCCAGAAACUUCACAGCAUCAAAUUGUGCAGUUACCAGAUUUUCCAGGUGGAAUUGAGGCAUUUGAGAUAUGUGCAAAGUUCUGUUAUGGAAUUACCAUCACUCUAAGCGCUUACAACAUUGUCGCGGCUCGUUGUGCUGCAGAGUAUUUGCAGAUGACAGAGGAUGUAGAGAAAGGAAACUUGAUUUACAAACUUGAAGUGUUUUUCAAUUCUUGUAUACUUUCAGGUUGGAAAGACUCCAUUGUGACAUUACAAACUACAAAGUCUUUCCCUUUAUGGUCUGAGGAUUUGGUAAUUACAAGCAGAUGUAUUGAAGCUAUUGCUUCGAAAGUUUUAGCUAAUCCGAACCUAUCGAGAAGAGGCCCGAGGGAUGAUAUUUCUUGCGUUGAAUCCGAUAGCAGAAGGCAUAAUAAAGUUUCGUCUAAAGUUUGGUGGGCUGAAGAUUUAGCUGAAUUGAGCAUAGACCUAUACUGGAGAAGUAUGAUAGCUAUCAAAUCUGGUGGUAAAGUAGCUGCAGCUGUUAUCGGUGAUGCAUUGAGAGUUUACGCCUCAAGAUGGUUACCAAACAUUUCAAAAUAUGCAAAUGUUGAGAAACAGAUAGUACAUGAUCCAUCCGAAUCGGAUUCCAUUGGUAAACAUAGGCUACUUUUGGAGUCAAUAAUCAGCUUGUUACCAGCUGAGAAAGGGGCUGUUUCGUGUAGUUUCUUGUUGAAACUAGUUAAAGCAACUAACCUAUUGAAGGGUUCUUGUUCAUCUAAAAUGGAAUUAGCAAGAAGAGUUGGACUUCAAUUAGAAGAUGCUAGUGUUAACGAUCUGUUAAUACCUUGUGUUUCACACACAUGUGACACAAUUUAUGAUGUGGAUAUAGUUAUUACCAUAUUACAACAGUUCCUGUUGCAGGUUCAAAGUCCUCCAACAAGUCCAGUAACAAGGAAAGGGGAUUUUGAGAGGAGAAGGUCUCGAUCCGCGGAGAAUAUUGACCUUGAGUUUGAAGAAAGUAGAAGAUCAUCCUCAGCAUCACAUAGCUCAAAACUCAAGGUAGCUAAGCUUGUCGAUGGAUACCUUCAAGAAAUCGCUAGUGACACAAGUUUACCCCUCUCAAAAUUCCUAUCGAUAGCUGAAGCAAUCCCAGAAUUUGCUAGGGUUGACCAUGAUGAUCUUUACAAAGCCAUUGACAUCUAUCUCAAGGGUCAUCCAGGGCUAAACAAGAGCGAAAGAAAGCGUUUGUGCAGGAUAUUAGACUGCAAGAAACUAUCCAUGGAUAUUUGUAUGCAUGCUGCUCAAAAUGAAUUACUUCCAUUAAGGGUAGUUGUUCAAGUUCUUUUUUUCGAGCAAGCUAGAAGCGCCAUGUCUGGUGGUCAUGUAACAGAGUUGCCUAGUAACAUCAAAGCACUACUAGCAAACCAUCAUCAAACAGCCAACACUUCAGCAUCUUUUAACAAGGCCAAAAUGACACCACUUAAUGACCAAUGGAGUAAUGCAUCAGCCAUAAAAUCGCCAAAGUCCUCGAAUCUUUCAACUCUCAAAAUGAAGCUAGCUGAGGAUGAUGAUUUACAUGAAAUUGCAAAAUCUUCAAGAAUUAAAGCUUUAUGUCUUCUUCCAAAUAGACCAAAAAAAAUGUUGAGUAAGUUAUGGUCAAACAAGUGACAAUUUCAUCAUUUGUUCUUACUUUUGUUAGUUUUCUGGAGAACAAUUUGUAGACUUUUACAAUAGACAAAUCGUAUUGGUGUAAAAUGUAAACCUAAGCUAAUAAAAGCACAAAAAUUUUACAAUUAGAAUGCGAAAAUUAUGUGUUGA